UACAAGGUGAGCUUCCUCUUUGCUUCUUUUAAUACAUGAGACAUUGAUCCAAAGAUCCUCUGAAAAUGGUGGUUAGUGUUUGUACAGGAAAGAUGUGAUGGGACAGUGGGCUUAGGCUGUCAAAUAGCGUUAUCUAUUUAUAAUAAGGGGACCAUGUAUUCUAGUACUAUGUGCAACUUAUCAAAUAUAGACAUGAAGAGAUCUACAAAUCACUUGGUUACUUUCUUCUAAGUUGUUGCAUUGCAACUGUCCAUGUUAGAUUACAAGGUCUUUUGAUUAGGAUGGGGAAGACAGGCAAAUGGCUUAAAAACUUUUUAUCUGGCAAGAAAGACAAGGAGAAGGAGAAGGAAAAAUCUGCAAACAACCUGAAUUUUUCCAAUGGAACAGAAAAUCCAACUACUCCAAUUUCGACAACCCCGAAAGAGAAGAAGAGAUGGAGCUUUAGAAGAUCAUCAGCAACGACAGCAGCCACAGCCACAUCCACACCAACAACAACACCUUGUAAGGAAUUGAAUUUGGUUGAAACAAAUGUCACUGCUUCACAGACAGUGCAAACGGCUGUGGAUGUUCAGAAUGAGCAGAGAAAGCAUGCUGCGGCUGUGGCUGCUGCUACAGCAGCUGCAGCUGAUGCAGCUGUGGCGGCUGCACAGGCUGCAGCUGCAGUGAUCCGCAUGGCUUCUGGUUCCAAUGGAGCAUCUAAAAGUGUUGAAGAGGCAGCAGCCAUUAAAAUCCAAUCUGUCUUUCGGUCUCACCUGGCAAGAAAAGCAUUGUGUGCUCUGAGAGGACUAGUGAAGUUGCAGGCACUAGUAAGGGGUCAUCUGGUGAGAAAACAGGCUAAGGAAACACUGAGAUGCAUGCAGGCUUUGUUGACAGCACAAGCCAGAGCUCGUGCUCAGAGGAUCCGAAUGGUGUCAGAAGGAAAGCCUAAUCAAAACCAAUCAGCACAAAGAAUCACUACAGAGAAUGAUUUAUUCAGGCACAUAUAUAAUGAAAUUGAUAGAAACUUUGAAGAUAACAUCAAGAUUGUGGAGAUGGAUGUUUGUGAAUCAAAAUACAACUCUAGAAGCAGAAACAGUGUAUAUCAUCAUGAUCAUGGACAUCAAGAGCAUUCUGAAAACCAUAGAUUUUCCACUCAUUAUACACCAAAUGGCUCAUACUCAAAGGAUGAAAACAACAAGGUAUCACCAGCUCCAUCAAGUUUGACAGAGUUGAGUCCAAAAGCCUGCAGUGGCCAUUUUGAGGAAUGCUUCAGCACAGCCCAGAGCAGCCCUCAGUACUACUCCGCUAUGUCCAGAGUCGAUGAUUCGAAGCAUCCUUUUGCUUUCCCUAAGCCGCCUUAUCCAGAAUCCAUGAUGUCCUAUGACUACCCUUUGUUCCCAAAUUACAUGGCUAACACAGAAUCAUCAAGGGCCAAAGUCAGAUCACACAGCGCACCGAGACAAAGGCCGGAUUCAUUUGAGAGGCAACCGAGCCGUCGAAGGCCUUCAAUUGAAGGAAGGAAUGUGCCAAGACCAGUUAGGAUGAUGCAGAGGUCAUCUUCACAUGUGGGUGCCACUGCUCAGAACUACCAAUAUCCAUGGUCAAUCAAGCUUGACAGAUCUGCAGUUUCACUCAAAGAUAGUGAGUGUGGCUCCACAAGUACAGUGCUCACAAACACUAAUUACUGCAGAUCUCUUGUUGCAUAUGAUGCACAUGAAGAUAGGUACUGAGUGUGCCACUUUGCAGGAACACCAAAAAUCUGGAGUUGAGGGUUCUUCUUCAAGACUUCAAAACAAAGUAAUAAACUCUGCAUUUACAGUAUAGAGUCGAUCGUUUCAAGGGAUUUAAGUCCAACUUAUGUAGAGUUUUUUUCUUCUAUUCAGUGUCUGCUAUGUUUGUGGAUUACUUUGUGAGAAGACAUUGCAAGAUUGAUAGUCUGAGAUAUUUCCUAACAGCACUAUUUUACUAAGGACUAAGGAGGAUUUUCUUUUA